AUGCUUCUUCUACCUUACCGAGUACCUACAUCUGCCGCCGCCUUGUCUGCCACUACGCACAACAGCAUUCGCGAGCCAGAGAUUGGGUGCUUACCGCUCACCACCGCCGCACCGCCUGUCUGCGAGAUCUGCAACAAGGGUUCUCCUUGUAAUCCUCCUUUAGCCGUCGAUCCAGUCUUCUCCAAACACCCGAGUCUUUCCAAAGGGGGCAAUGGAAUGAUCCCACGAGGCUUUGAACCUGGUCUAUCUGACCAAACGUACGCUAUCAAGUACGCAUACGUACGAAUCAUACGCCCCGAUACCUACCUAGCCUUGCAAUUGCUAGCCCAGCUUCGCUCGCCCGUCAUGCUGUCCAUCAAACAUGGCAACGGCAUGACUCCUGGCCCCCUGAAGCCUGAAGGAACCCUCGCCUUGAUGGUCCUGUCGCCUCCAUCUUGGCAACUCGAGUUGGCCCUCUCAAACUUUGACCGUCAGACGAGCCCUAUCCGCCUCACUUGCGCUACUCUGCACACUACCGGUGUCAGUCGUCGCCUUACCGUCACGAAUUACCAUCUUCGUCGUCACCCUAGUCCUGGCGACCAACCCAGGGGCGCCUCGAGCCAAGCUUUGUGA